AAUUGAAAAUGGAGUUGAGAGAGACUUAAAGAGAGAGAGAGAGAGCGAGAGAGAGAGUUCUUUGCUUUCGGCUUUUGAGUGCAGACAGUUUUGAGAAACUCAAAUUCUGAAAUGUGAUUUAUGUUUAAGAGUGGCGAAGAGCCGAAGACCCGGAUGUAUGUAACCACUUUUUUCCGACGAACAAGGUAUGUAACCACUUCGAUGAUGCAUUUGUAUUUCUCAUGAAUUUGGAGCAAUCGAACAUGGCCUGAAAAGUUUCUGAAGAAAGUUCUAGCAGAUACCACUAUGUUGUUUUAUGGGUGUGGUUCGACCCAUAUUUGACCCGUCUAGACUCGUUUUCAACUCGUUUUAAUCCGAACCCGCCCGUCCGUCCGUUUGCAGACGUAUGAAUCUAUACAAGGUAGUAGUAGACUAGUAGCAGUAGUAUACUAGUAUGUAUGAAGAAAAUUCUUGCGGGAAAACCCAACGAAGCCCUAAAAUCAGGAUCGCGGGAGUGAAAGAAGAAGUGUUGGGGGCUUAGUCGUAAUGGGGAAAAGGUCUAGGUCCGGCGGUAAGGAAGGGUUAGUGGGUUUUGGGAAAAGAUGUAGAACAUCUAGGCCGAACUCCGAAUUGCAGGAGGAGUCAUCGUCGGAGCUCGAGAAACGUCCCUGCCUUCUCGGGUACGUGCCUUCUAGAAGCGACGGUGGCCCGGUGGUGUACUCCUUCAACUUAGACGAUAAGAGCCAGAGCAAGAGAAACUUCUGCCGACGGUGCUGCGUCGAGAUCUUCGCUUUCCAAGGGGAGGUGUGGGGAGAGAAGCCGCCUGAGCUUGUCGGGAUGCGGCUGCUCACUCCUCCUCCGUCCAACAAGCCGGGACUGACUCCGGACUGUUCCAUGGCUGUCGCCGUCGGCGGCACGGCUGUCUACGUCUUUGGUGGUGCCUCUGAGGACGCGCAGGAUGAAGAGCGAUUGUUAUUCUCUAAAAAGGUCUUCUAUUUCGACACUAAUCAUCCGCGGAAGGGAUGGAUUCAAGGCCCUGAUAUGCUCACCGAAAGGUACCAGGGUAAAGCAGUGGCUGUUGAAGGUAAGAUCUACGUUUUUGGGGGCAUUGAUUAUAAAAAUAUAAAUAACGACAAAAAAAAGGCUCUACGCCUGUGGGCUGAGGUUCUUGACCUUAACAAAAACGAGUGGGAGCCUCUACCUCCACCUCCCAAGGGCGCUGGUUUUUACGAGCGUGAUUUAUGCUAUACCCCUGUCGUUUACGGUGGUCCUAAAGAAGAAAAGAAGAUCCUGUUGGGUUGCUGCCAGUAUAUUUACCAUGUCAACAGCCAAACUUGGGAAGAAUUCUGCCCCAAGCUUUCGCUCCAUUUUAGUCGCAAUUUAACUGCUGAUGGCAACUUCCUGUAUUGGACAUCUAAGGGAUCUUUACACACCUUUAAUAUGAAGACCGAGGAGUUUGUUUGGGUGACCGUUAGGGGUUACCGGAUGACAAAGUACCGAGCAGAUAUUCUCCUCCCUGAACCGGCUUUGCUUCAUUUGGGGGGAUCGCACUUCUGUUUUCUCACCCUCAAAGAUCUCCCGGGAGACUGCACCAAAGUUCGCUGCUCCAAGUUUCAAGUUUCCCACCAAGGUGGCUUCAAGGCUUCCAUUAUAUGCCGUGAAACUUUUAUUAUCGGUCACCCACUGGACGUUGACUGUAGCUAUGGCUUUGUCCUCAGGGAGAUGUGUGGGGCAUGCUGGGGAGUUGUAGAUGGCAUCGGGCUUGUAGAGAUCGGCGGAGAGCCUGGUUGCUUGCGCCUUUGUGCUUGAUGUGGAUGCUUUGGCUGGAGAGGAAUAAAAGAUCUUUCCAAGGCUUUGAGAAGUCUGUUGUUAGGCUCAAAAUUCAUUUUUUGUUCAUUUUGUAUAGCUAGAUUUUGGGAAGAGUUUCUUCAAGCCUGGACUUUUUUACAGAUUUUGUAGAUUCUUUGUCCAUAUAGGUAGUGGUGGGCUUUGUGUAGUAGUGGCCUUCCUUUUUGUCAUGUCUCAUUGUUUUGGGUAGCAUCGCCUUGAUUCUAUCCCUAUUCUUUCCAUUAUUAAUGUAUAUUUACCUGUGCUUAUCGAGAAGAAAAGGUGAUACUUAGUGGCGAUACGUGGAUGAUACUUAGACAUUGGUGGUGAUACUUAUAUUUGGACUCAUAAACAUUUAGUGGUGAUACUUAGAUGAUAACGUCCUAAGGUCGGAAGCAUGGUAGUGUGAAGCACCUGCACCCAAAAGCGAAGUACAAAACUCAAUUAGAUGAAGGCCAUUGCUUGGCUUGCAGCCUGCAGUGGAUUUUAAAUUGAUCAUAGAUGGAAAGAGGUUUCAUCUUGCACUCCAAUUGAAGGCCAUUUUCUCAGCCUUACUUGCUACAUCUGGUUUUCCCUAUUUUACUUUCAACCACCAAACCAGAAACAUCAACUGAUAUAAAAAUCUCAAAAGAAUACAUAUCCCUAGAUAUCAAGAACACAUUUUUCCAACACAAAAAAGAAUCCUAAAUUGCAAUUCAUACGAAGUUCCAGGUUUGUAGAGGGCUUGCAUUUGUUCAAAAUUUGUAGACAAUCAAAAUGUAAGAGAGAGAAGGGGAGAAACAAAUACCUGAAAAUUAUCACAGUGAUUUGGGGGGGGGUUGUUGCUGUUUCCAAGGUGAUUAGAGUGUUGUUAAAAAAGGAAGUGAUCCAGAGUCCAGGCACUUCCAACACGAUCUAAUGGUGGGGAUUUAAUGAAUGAUCCGAGGGUUGUAAUUAUGUGGGAGUGAUCCAACGACUGGAAGAGAGGAUGUUUUAUCUAACGGUUGCAAGAGAUAUAUUUGACCAAAUAAAAAAUAACAUUGUGGCAGGCUAAAAAAAUAACAUUGGCUUAAAUUUUUUUGGCUCCAUCUAUUGUGGGUGAUCCAUUUUAUCAACUAUUAUUAGUGUGCCAUAUUAGAGCAUCAAUUACUCAAUAUUCAUGGUUGGAGCCAAAAAUUUUAAGUGAAAGUUAUUUUUUUAGAUUGCUAUGGUAUUAUUUUGUUAAUAUUUUACAAAUUUUCUCCCAAUAGUGCUAAUGGCGAUGCUCCUCCGUUGUUGCAAAGCCAUUUUGGCUCAACUAAUAUUGGUCUACCAUCGGAUCAAAAGCAUUGGGAUCCUAAACAUUCAUGAUGACAUGACAAAUUUGGCAAACCCGAACUCCAUGCCAGAUGUGGUGCAAGAAAUUGCCAAAAGGAAAUGAUGCAGGAGUUGAGUUUCACUUUUUCGUUUAUUAUUGUGUCAAACUUUAUGAAACAAGCCCUCUUCCCCCCUUCUUCAUGCUUUUAGUACCUAUAAAAAGAAAAAUGAUAGUGCAUAUUUUUUUGUCUUCGAUUUAACCAUCUUGGAAAGCCACUUUAGUCCUUCGCUGUUUCUUCCAUCUACCAAUCAGAUUUUCUCUUCAUUUGGGUGGAAAGGAGUUAUGCUUUCUCACCCUCAACGAUCUUUGGGGGAUUGCACCAAGUUUAAAGCUCCAAGUUUCCAAACAUCUCUGUGGCCCAACAUUGGACCACAGCUUAACUUAUGUUGUUUAUUAGCCUCUAGGCUCCCAGAUUGUCCUCUUGCUGUGAGUUUACUUCCUAUGCCAUAUUGCUUCCAUCUUUAACCCAAAGUAUCUUGCUCCUUUGCAUUUCACUGUGCGCUGUAAUAUGUUUGUAAGGUGAGGUAAUGACACUCAGCACCAAGUACUUGAUGAGACUUUCAAAUUAUUUUUUGAUCAUGGUUUGUAAGAAUAGGUGGGGACGGUGUCAUUUAUGCUUUUUUUCUUUUAAUUUGUACCAGCACCUUGAUUACCUAUAUUCAUGCAGAAACUUUGAAUUCGUUGUAAGUUGCGUUUGUAUCAUGCUAUUUUGCAUCUCUCUUGUUGGUUUGGAGUUUUAACAGUUGGAAAGUUGGAAUGGAAAUGAAGGUAUGUAGCAUGCAAUAAGUUUGUGUAGCGUAGAGUAUUGGAUUUUUUUGGUUCCUGAGGGAUAAAUAAAAAAGGAGAAGUGGUUUCAUGCCUCUGGGGUGGAAGAGAAUGAUUUGAAAUGCACGCAUAAUCGCUUUAAGUGUUGAUUUUUUCGUAAGUAUGGUAAUGUGAAGUUCCCAAAGCC